AUAGCAAACUUGAGAGGCUCGUUGCUCGUCUGUUAUGCCAUCUCGCAGGCAUGGACGUCUCUCCAACGACUUCUUUCUUUGCAGCACUUCGACGUAUAGCUCUAAAAUUGGAUAAGAGUUCACGUGACCUUCGCAGUAAGACAGAAGAGAGAACAACGUCAUUCAGACUGAGAGAGAUGCAAAGUGAUGAUGCAAGGACGCUUUUGAAACUGGGUGCGUUGUUGGAUGAGGCUCAACAGCUAAGGUGUAUUAUGGAAAAAGAGGUUCUUGAGUCUGAUGGAGGAGAGUUUCCUCAGUUUGUGACUGCAUGUGGUGCUCUGCAUGAUCAACACGCUGAAGACAUUGAGAAGCUACAGGUGCAGUUGGAGAAGUAUGGAUUCCAAAGGACAGAAGAUACCAAAGGCAUUGAGGCUGAGGCUGUGGCAGCAGAUACAGACGUACUAGAUGAGACUGAAGGAGACAAGAACGAGGGCAAAGAGAAUCGAGAGGCUUCACCUAGUUACAGUGCCUUGAAAAUUAAUCUAAAGAGAUUGAAUGCUCUUCGAGACAUGAGGAAACCACAGACUGUACAAGAGCCAGGACCAAGUCAAAGUUUAGAUGAAACAGCAAUGAACACGUCGACUGCCUUUCACUCUCCCUCUCAUCCGGGUCUUGACUCUGUUGAGGUGGCAUGCCGUAUCGCAAAGGAUUUAGACCAGAAAGAUGAUGUAGUGAAAACAUUAGAGUUUACUGACUCUCCAUUGGUGUCGAACAAAGAGAGCAUUGUCCACAAUAUAUCGUCAACAAGUUCACAUCGUGGUGAUCAAACAUGGACUGUAUCAGCACCAUCAUAUGUAUUACAGCAGAGAAUGUCCAACCCAGACUUGAAGCUUACAGAAGCCAUGUCUCCUGUCGCUCCUGUGAGAAGGAAGUCUGAACAUAGUCUCAAUCACAGUGAACAGAGGAAUCACCACACUAGACGGCUGCUUCCUCAACCUGGAAUCAGUAUCUCCAAUCAUGCAAUGUAUGCUGGAUUUACCCCACCAAUCCCUAAGUCUUCUCAUCAUGCCCGAAGAUCAAAUAAAGAAAAGGAACAUCGUCCGACGUCUUCACAGACUUCCAUUGUGUCUAAUUCACUUGCAUCACUAGCAGCACUCGCUUCUGAAUUAGAGACAUCAUCAUCCAAACAGCAAGAACGACGUAAACAAGGUCAGAUCCAACGUAUUAGUUCAUCACCUGCCAACCUUGGGGGGAAAGCACUAAAGCAAGCUCUUCAACAAAUACAGGCACCUAUGUCUAGUAGUAACACUGGGGCCCUGGCUAGUCCAAGUCUUCAGACAUUGCAAUCUUAUCAGUCAAUGGAAAGACAUGAAUUGAAACCUGUAGCAUUGGUUUCUGGGCAGUCAAAAGGAGUUAGUGGUGGUAGAAACUCACCAUCAUAUUUCGAGCAACUCGGAAAAGCAAAACUUGAAGCUGACUUGUCCAUGCUUCAGAAUAGCUUUACCUUGUCCGAACAUUUAGACACCUCGGUUACGGUCAACCAGCCAAGCCCAUUGAAACAGAUAGCACAAGUUAGUGAUGAUGAAUAUCAAACAUCGGCUGCAUAUCUCAAAAGACAAGUUCCUCUGUCGUAUUUGAAUGAUGUCAUUUCUCUGAUUAAUACCCACAUUGCAACAGAACGACAGACAAUGCGUGUUGGUUACCUGUCCCUGUCUGAGCUGCAAAAUGAGUUGGGGUUGGGCUCUAAAGCAACUAUUAUUCAACUGCUGCUGAUCAAACUUCAUCGGAUUAAACGAAAUGGCAGCUGUCCAACGAGUGAAAUUAUGUAUUCAGUGUGUUAACUAUGAACUGGUAAAUAUAUUGAAUAUAUAUUGUAUAAGUUAUUAAUGAGCAGAGGUGUAUGUUACUGUUGUGUUAUUGCUUUGGUUCUUCACUAAAUGUAGACAUAAUUGAGAAAAAUUUGCACAAU